AGAGAGGAGGAGAGGAUAAGAGAAGAGGAGAGGAUAAGAGAAGAGGAGAGGAUAAGAGAGGAGGAGAGGAUAAGAGAGGAGGAGAGGAUAAGAGAGGAGGAGAGGAUAAGAGAGGAGGAGAGGAUAAGAGAGGAGGAGAGGAUAAGAGAGGAGGAGAGGAUAAGAGAGGAGAGGAUAAGAGAGGAGGAGAGGAUAAGAGAGGAGGAGAGGAUAAGAGAAGAGGAGAGGAUAAGAGAAGAGGAGAGGAUAAGAGAGGAGGAGAGGAUAAGAGAGGAGGAGAGGAUAAGAGAGGAGGAGAGGAUAAGAGAGGAGGAGAGGAUAAGAGAGGAGGAGAGGAUAAGAGAGGAGAGGAUAAGAGAGGAGGAGAGGAUAAGAGAAGAGGAGAGGAUAAGAGAGGAGGAGAGGAUAAGAGAAGAGGAGAGGAUAAGAGAGGAGGAGAGGAUAAGAGAAGAGGAGAGGAUAAGAGAGGAGGAGAGGAUAAGAGAGGAGGAGAGGAUAAGAGAGGAGAGGAUAAGAGAGGAGGAGAGGAUACGAGAGGAGGAGAGGAUAAGAGAAGAGGAGAGGAUAAGAGAGGAGGAGAGGAUAAGAGAGGAGGAGAGGAUAAGAGAGGAGGAGAGGAUAAGAGAGGAGGAGAGGAUAAGAGAGGAGGAGAGGAUAAGAGAGGAGGAGAACAGAAAAAACGAGGAGAGGAUAAGAGAGGAGGAGAGGAUAAGAGAGGAGGAGAGGAUAAGAGAGGAGGAGAGGAUAAGAGAAGAGGAGAGGAUAAGAGAGGAGGAGAGGAUAAGAGAGGAGGAGAGGAUAAGAGAGGAGGAGAGGAUAAGAGAGGAGGAGAGGAUAAGAGAAGAGGAGAGGAUAAGAGAAGAUGAGAGGAUAAGAGAGGAGGAGAGGAUAAGAGAGGAGGAGAGGAUAAGAGAGGAGGAGAGGAUAAGAGAAGAGGAGAGGAUAAGAGAGGAGGAGAGGAUAAGAGAAGAGGAGAGGAUAAGAGAAGAUGAGAGGAUAAGAGAGGAGGAGAGGAUAAGAGAGGAGGAGAGGAUAAGAGAAGAGGAGAGGAUAAGAGAAGAGGAGAGGAUAAGAGAGGAGAGGAUAAGAGAGGAGAGGAUAAGAGAAGAUGAGAGGAUAAGAGAGGAGGAGAGGAUAAGAGAAGAGGAGAGGAUAAGAGAGGAGGAGAGGAUAAGAGAGGAGGAGAGGAUAAGAGAAGAGGAGAGGAUAAGAGAGGAGGAGAGGAUAAGAGAAGAGGAGAGGAUAAGAGAGGAGGAGAGGAUAAGAGAGGAGGAGAGGAUAAGAGAGGAGGAGAGGAUAAGAGAAGAGGAGAGGAUAAGAGAGGAGGAGAGGAUAAGAGAAGAGGAGAGGAUAAGAGAGGAGGAGAGGAUAAGAGAGGAGGAGAGGAUAAGAGAGGAGGAGAGGAUAAGAGAGGAGGAGAACAGAAAAAAGGAGGAGGCCAGGAUAAGAAAGGAGGACAUGUUAACGGAGGUAAACGCAUGGCUGCUGGCCAGGGAAAGGGAGGAUGAGAGGAUAAGAGAAGAGGAGAGGAUACGUGAGGAGGCCAGAAAAGAGCAGGAGGCCAUAGUGAGGGAGGCAAGGCUGGAAGGGAAAAGGGAGAUGGCCAAAUUGAUGGAGUUAAGGCUGGCCAGGAAAAGGGAGGAGGCCAGGGUGAGGGAGGCAAGGCUGGAAGGGAAAAGGGAGAAGGCCAAAUUGAUGGAGUUAAGGCUGGCCAGGAAAAGGGAGGAGGACAGGGUGAGGGAGGAGGCCAGGAUAAUAGAGAACAGAAAAAUGGAGGAGGCCAGGGAACAAGAACAAGCCAGAAUAAGGGACGAGGCCAGAAGAAGGGAGCAUGCAAGACUAAUAGAGGAGAACAGGAUGAGGGAGGAGGCCUGGAUUAGACUGAAGGCCAGGUUGGAGGAAGAGGCCAGGGCGAGGGAAGAGGCCAGGAUUUUUCAGUCGAAGUUUGUACUGGACCAGCCACAACUCAAGUUUCAGCUAAUUCAGCAGGUAUCCUCCUAUAUUCGAGCCGUGUACAUUAUGGCCAGCAUAAGACUGGUCCAUGUGGAUAAGCUAAAGGCAAUAUGGAUGGAUAACAAUGCCAAAGUAGUGUUAACAAAAGGAAGAUUAAACUGA